AUGACUGAAACCGACUUGGAGGAAAUGUUAAAUUCACAACCUAAAGAAGAGACUUCAAUAAUUACUGGAAACGUGACAUUUAAUUUAAAAAAUCUUAGUGAUGGUUUACGAAAGGAAAAUGAGCUUUGUGAUUUCAUUAUGAAAAUUGAUUCAUCUAUGGGACAAGGUCGUACUUUUAAGACGCAAAUUGCCAAUAGCACUGCUAAAUAUCAGUUUGAAUUGAAGGAGUUUUUAAAAUCUGCCAAGCAAGAGAAAAUUACUACAUUCUUUAAACCAUUGACUAAACCUAAAGAUAAUAUUAUGGACACCACAGAUCAACCAAACUCCAUAUGUCACGUCCAGUCCAUUCACAUGUACCCACUGCAGCCGUCUAACACGAAGGAUGUUCCAUUUAAUUUACUGGCCGGCGAAACCGUUCUUCAUGUUGGACACUCGGUGGAUGGUGUAGUUGUCGUCACGACGUAUCGCUUGUAUUUACAGUCCAGAAGUAAACCCUUUCACAUACCUGUGUCGCUCAUUGAAGUUGUCGAAAUUCGAGAAUUGUUCAAUCUUCACAUUGGAUGUAAGGAUGCGAGAACGUACAGGUGA